ACCUUGUGAUUGUUUUCCGAAUGAAAGCGCACGUAGCCUUCAGAGAGACUAUAUACUUUGGCUACAUUCAUGACAACUCAUGCAAACUUCUACAUGAAAACUUCUCUCGCCUUGUGUGGCAGAAUGAAUGUGGCAAAUGAGCCCUUAACUGACUGCAAACAUGCAGUGGCCCUCUUGAGGGGGCUAAACAUGCAGCGAGAGUUCGGGCAGUUUUGCGACUGUGUCAUACAGUUGCAAAUCAACCCUGGAAGGCUCUUUUUAGCCCAUAAAAGUGUCCUGGCUGCAUCAAGCCCUGUGCUAGCUUCUCUCAUCACCAGUCAAGGAGCACUUUUGGAUUUGCAGUCCCCCUGUCUCUCUCCAGAGACCAUGGAAUACUUGUUAGACUUUAUCUACACGGGCAAACUACCUCCAAAAAGCCAAGAGGACUCUGUACUGUCGGUUGCUGUUGACCUACAGAUGCAAGAACUCCAGUAUGCAUUGAUCUUCAGGAGAAGUACACUGUCUGAGUUUUUGAACAUCCAAGAUAAAUUGAACAGAAAGUGGCCAUUUCCUGAGGAGCAACAUGAAGAAGGAAACCGUAUGUCUCCAUCGUUCCCACACGGAUCAAAGAGGCCUUUGCCAUCCUGCUUAAGUUGUGAAGCGGUACCUGUUAUUCGUCAUGCAAGUGCCUGCAGGAAGUUGUCACCGAUGCAAGAAUCAAGCACACCAAAUUAUGACCUGGACAUUGCCUCUGACCUGCAUGGCAGGGAAUCUGACAGUAGCCAAAGUGUGCACCUUCCUUCUUAUAGACAUAAACUACGUGAUCACAACUUUCAAAACAUGGACAAGAAUGAUGACAAUUCAUUUGAGCCAGUAUCCAAAAAAGCUAAGGUUGUUUCCCAUGUGCUUCCUUCAGAAGUACUCUGUCACCAAACUGAAACUCCCAAAGACUUUGAGGAUGAACUUUUGGAAUCAGGGAGUGAGGCAUUUGUUAAAACAAGCAUUACUGUGUCUCCAAAGACGGUUUGUGUGUCUGCACAAAUCAGGCAUGCUAUACACCAAGAGGAGGACUUGAGUCCACAUGCAAAGGCCAGCAGGGGUCUUGUCCUUAGCGAUGCCUCAAGGAACGAUGGCUGUCAUGGCCAUCUUCAUUUGAACAAUUCACAUUAUGAGCACAAUGACGAUGUUUCACACCAGUUCAGACUUGCUGAAAAUGACCACGGCGAGUCUCAUGCCUCCCUAGAGUUUUUAGAUGUUUCAGACAAUAUUCCUGUGGACAACUCCCACUGUAUCAGUGAAGCACACGCUGAAGCAGGUCAGCGCAAUGUUUUGUGUCAUUUGCAGUCAGAGGAUGACCAACCGUACGCGGUGCAUGUUGCGAUAAGCAGGGAGAAAUACCACCAGGCUGUUGACUUGCAGAGCAGUAGGCCGUCUUCUGAUUCUAAAUCAUUGUUUGAUUUAGAUAGGUGUGAUGCACAAGGCGCAGUUGUUUCAAAUCACAGUAUUACAGCAGACACUCCUGUAGUCCAUGAAUCAGCCCAAGAUGAUCGUAGCAGCACAUCUGAGACUUCCAGCAUUGAUCAGGAGGAUGACUAUGACCUGUUUGGCCCUCAGAUCUCUAGUAUGCACACCUACCUAGGACAAGUGAGGUAUCACUGUAUCAGCAGAGAGCCUCAACAAGUCACAGGGUCAAGCGAUUCAGACGAGGAAGGACUUUACACAACGCCAGCGGACACUGGCAGCGGAAAACACGGAUCCGUGCCUGGCAUUCCCCUCUCCGAUGCCUCCGCCAGUGAGCCAUCCAUGGGAACAUUUGACCUUGGCAAGGCCCAAGUGAACCCCGGGCUGAACCUGGUGGCGCAGCCGUACCAGUGCACCAUGUGCGACCGGGCCUUCAGCCAGCGCGGUUCCCUGAACAGGCACAUGCGCUCCCACCUUGGUGUCCGGCCGUACUCCUGCCCGCAGUGCCCGAUGACUUUUUCGCGCCAGUACCGGGUCACUGAGCACAUGCGGGUCCACCAGCGUGGCUGUGAAGACCUACAGAGGGCAGGGCCCACCUGAGUCCAACCCAAACUAGACCACGUGUGCCCACUCAAAAUGUACGAUCUAGCUCAGCCAGCUCAACCAUGAGGUGGUGUUCAUCUAGGAUAAGUACAGGGUUGCCAGCCUUUAAGUAUUGUCUUGAUGUGGUAGAUAGAGUACCUAGCAUUUCUGUUUAUGAAAUUACAAAACACACAUGGACCUGGCUGUAUGAAAUUCAGGAGUCUCACAUCAAAAUUGGGGGAGUUGGCAACCCUGUAGAUAAGCAUUGUAAUGUGGAUAAGCUGGCAAUCUUUUUUUUUUUUUUUUUUUUUUACUUUUUUGAUCCCGUGAGGGAAAUUUGGUCUCUGCAUUUAACCCAAUCAGUGAAUUAGUGAAACACAAACAGCACACAGUGAACACACAGUGAGGUGA